AAAAAAAAAUCGCAACACAACCAAAAUGACCGACUACACCGACACAAACACCUACGGCACCACAGGCACCGCCUACGGCACAACCGGCAACACCUAUGACACAACCUACGACAACACAGGCACCGCCUACGGCACAACCGGCUACGGCACCACAGCCCGUGACUACGACACAACCGGCUACGGAACAACAGGCUACGGCACGACCGGCUACGGCACAACAGGCUACGGAAGCAGCUACGGGCCCAACGCCUACGAUAAUACCUACGGGACAGCAACUUACGAUAAUGGAUAUGGGACGACUGCGUACGAUCCUAGUACGGGCGCGUACGACCAGCAUAUGGAUUAUCGGACGGAUGGGAGUCAGAGACAUCAUCGGGAGAGGGUGAAUCCGAGUGGGACGUAUCGGCAUCGGGAUGUGGAUAGACGGGAUGAUGGGAGUACGAGAGUGCAUAGGGAGUAUGAUAAUCCGAAUACGGGGACGAGUUAUCAUCGGGAUUUUGAGCGGUAAUGUGUUUGGUUUUCUAGGGGAAAGGGGAAUGAGAAGGGUUUGGCGUUUGGGGAGGAUGAGAAGGUUAGAUGGGGGGAUCGUUAACUAAUGGGUGGUAGAUUAUAUAUAUGGGAUUGGAUUGAAAAUCAGCAAAAAGGUUUAAAAAGAGAAAAGGAUAACAAAAAAAGACGGAAAAGCGUCUAAAACAGAAAGAAAAAAAAAGUGGAAAAGAAAAAUCUACAAAAAAAAAGUGUUGUGUUUUGUUUUGAGAAAAGUUUUGAUUGUUUUGCUUUUUGCUUGUUACUUGUAUAGACCAGUCUUUUGUUACUUAGUUACUUAGCGAGUUGCAUAGAAAUAUCACGAUCGUUAUGA